AUGAUCUUGCAACGAACAGUGAAAAAGGUUCUGGUUUUUGGGGCGCUUGCCCUGGCUUUUUUGCAGAGAGCUGGCUGCAAAGUGUCAGUGGAGGACACAGAGGCCAUAAAAACAUACUGGCGUGAGAGAAUAGACACCAUAAAGAGAGAAAUUAGGACACGCCGCAACCUUCUUAAAACUCUUGACAACUUUAGCGAUAGACUGAAGUGGGAAGACAUUCGCAGCUUCAGAGAGCUAACUGAUCAGCUGGAGAUAGGAAAAAUAAACCUGUCUGGCGUAGAGACUUCUCUGGAAGAGCUGAAGAAAAAGAACGACAUGAUAUUAUUUUAUGCAAACUUUCUAGAAUACACCCAGAGAGCUAUGGAUAAAAAAGAUCUGACUUUUAGAGAAAGAGAUAUGCAAAUUUCUAUAAAUGAACAGAACAGAUACGAUUUAGAAAAUCUGCUUCUGGCGGCCUUUAAAGAGAGCACAUUGAUAGUUCAGAAGAUAAGCAAAUACGACCAGCACAUUCUGAGAGUGAUACAGAAGUGCAACAUUGUGUAUAUAAGAGACGGCAGAGUGGAAGACCUCUCUCUUUUUAAGCUAGCAAAAGAGAAAAAGAUAGUUGCUGCCAGCAUAGUCUUCUCUUUCAUUAACAUGAAUCUGUCCAAGCUAAAAGACAUGAAAAGCGCGGUAGAAAGAAUGCACAUGAAUGUCCUGCCCCAUGUUCCGUAUGGAAAUGUGUCCAUGUUUAUGAAUAUGGUAAAACACGAUUUGGAAAAAGAUAUAUCCCCGCUCGUAUCAGCGGACAGACAUCUCCAUCUUUUAUGCGAUAGAUACGCUGCCGUAAACUCUGUGAUGGAUGCAAGAACGGUAGACAUCUACUUUACUCUACUAGGAAAAGACCUUUCAGAAAAAGAGAUAAAGAAGCACAGAAACAUCACACCUGGCCAGGUUGUAAAGAUAAUAAUAAUAGAAUGUCUGCUAAACGGACGCCUUCUGGACCACCGAAAGAACGAUCUGUUCUUUGCUCUGGGAAGGGUAGUAGAGAAAGUGUGCAAACCAAAGGAGAAUAACACCAAUAUUUACAAAAGAACAAAAAUAAAAAAAGUGGAGAAACAGGAUGAGAUACUCAAUGCUCUGAAGAUUAUAUGGAGCGACUGCUGCACGUCUCCCAUCCAGUAUGAAUACAUGAACAUCAACUCCUUCUGCGAGGACAAUGGGAUUGAUUUCUUAAAUCUCACAGGUAUACAGAACAGCUUUAUAUCUGCUAAGUGGAUGUAUGACGUGGAAAGACACACAACAGUGUAUGAGAACGAGAUAGUUGGAGACCUGCACUUUGAUAUGUCCUACACGCACCCCAUGUGGUACAUAUACAAAAGAUGCGAGUAUGUUAGCCAUUUGACGAAAAAAGAUCUUUUAUUCCUACAGCCGUUCAUGGAAGUAAAAGACGGUGUUGUUAUACUCAGACCGCACAGAAUAACCCAGGACGACGACAGCCUGGAAAGAGAACAAAACAUAAAAAUUUGCAUCAGAGCAUGGUUCUCCCUGUGUGUUAGAAUCAUCAGCAGAAAAGAAGACGGCAAGAAAUACAACAGCACAAUAGUUAAGGACUUUGCAGACUGUCUGAGAAAUGAUCGCAGAAAGAAAGUGGAGGUGGAAGAGACAGAAGAGAAGAAGUACAAAUGCAACUUCAGCAAAGUGUCCAACCUCGUGUGCAUUGCAUAG